UUUAAUUAUUAUUGUUAUGUAAAAUAAGACAUUUAAACUACUUGUUGAGUUUCAUACAGAUUUCAGUUGUUUUCCAGAACAUUUUCAGUUUGCGUCACUCUAUCGUACUGAAGGCUCAUUUUGAUUAAAAAUAAAAAAAAAAGUGACCGGCUUAUUCUAUCAUCAUGACAGAAUUUAAAACUGGAAAAUUGAUUAUUGAGGGAAAAACAAAACAAGUAUUUGAGCUUGUUGAUGAUCCAUCAUUAUGUUUGUUAAUAAGCAAGGAUAAAAUAACAGCUGGUGAUGGUGUUAAAUCACAUUCACUUGUUGGUAAAUCAUCAAUAAGUAAUGCAACAGCUGCAAAAGUAUUUGCAUUAUUAAAUAAAGCUGGUUUAAAAACCUCAUUUGUUAAAAUUGCUGAUGAUAAAUCAUUUGUAGCUAAAAAAUGUCAAAUGGUACCAAUUGAAUGGGUAACACGUCGUUUAGCAACUGGAAGUUUUUUAAAAAGACAUACAGGUGUUGCUGAGGGAUACAGAUUUAAUCCACCAUUACAAGAAACAUUUUUUAAAGAUGAUGCUAAUCAUGAUCCCCAAUGGUCUGAACAACAAAUUAUAUCAGCUGGAUUUAAAUUAAAUGGUGUUACAAUUGGUAAAGAUGAAUAUGAUAUUAUGCAUAGAACAACACUUGCUGUUUUUGAAGUAUUGGAAAGAGCUUGGGCAACACGUGAUUGUGCUCUUAUUGAUAUGAAAAUUGAAUUUGGUAUUGAUGAUAAUGGAGAUAUUCUUGUCUCUGAUAUUAUUGAUAGUGAUUCUUGGAGACUUUGGCCAUCUGGUGAUAAGAGACUCAUGAAAGACAAGCAAGUAUACAGAAAUUUAACAAGUGUAACUGAUGCUGAUUUAAAUACAGUUAAAAGAAAUUUUGAAUGGGUUGCUAAUCAACUUGAGUAUCUUGUACCACCACCAAGUUCAAAAGUUGUUAUAUUCAUGGGUUCACCAUCUGAUAAAGAACACUGUGAAAAAAUUGCAAAAUAUGCUAGUGAAUUUGGUUUAAAUGUACAGCUUCGUGUUUGUAGUGCACAUAAAGCAAGUGCUGAAACAUUGAGAAUACUUAGCGAGUAUGAAGGAACUGGUGAAAAGGUGGUUUUGAUUGCAGUUGCUGGUAGAAGCAAUGGACUUGGUCCAGUACUAUCAGGAAAUACAGCAUUACCAGUUAUAAAUUGUCCUCCAGUAACUCCUCAAAAUGUUGGCCAGGAUGUUUGGUCAUCAUUAAAUGUUCCUUCAGGUCUUGGUUGUACAACUGUACUUUAUCCAGAAAGUGCAGCACUUGCAGCAGCUCAAAUUCAUGCUAUACAUGAUCAUCUUGUUUGGUCACGUUUACGUGUUAAACAACUCAAUAAUUUUAUAAAUCUUAAACGUGCUGAUGCUAAAAUUCGUAACAAUUUGUACUAAAAUAAAAAAUAAUUAAUUUUUUUUUUUAUUUUAAAUUAAAAAUUGAAAAAUUUUGGUAUUUAAUUAUCUACACUUGUAGAACAAAAUUAAAUACGUAUAUUUUUUGAUAACAAUUUUUAAGAUGAAAUAAAUACUACAAUUUUUUUAUUAAAAAAAAUUUUGAUGCCAUUUGAGCCAGGUUGUAUAAGAAAAUCAAAUAAAUUUUUGUUUUAAACAAACACACGAGGUA